UUCUAAGUUCGUGGUCUGUGUCAGUGCUUCCCUUUGUCCAUAGACAAGACAAAAUGCUCGUAUAGUUGCCUAACCAAAUACUGUACUGUACCUACUAGCGAAAUAGUGAUAAAAAGCUUCUAAGUUCUAACAGUUUUAAUUACUAAUGUUACACUCGAAAAUUUUUGGAUUACAAACAUCACAUCACACAAAAAGUGUGUGCCAAAAAUUAUAAGGCACGGAGGCGCCACGGCCACAGGGGACCGGUUAAUUCUUUACAUAAAAUUUCAAUGUGUUCUGGAAAUGGUUUGCAAAGAGGACGUGGUAUCAUGGUUUAAAGAAUUGGAAAGCUAUAAACGCAUAGAUGCUAUGUGUACAUUGUUAAAUAUGUGCUUGCCAUUUGAAUUACGCUUUAUAGGCACGUACCUGGAGGAGCUCGGUAAACGGGACUUCCAGGAGCUGCGUGGUGCAGAACUGAGGGCUAACAACCCUGCAGACCUCGCUGCGGACAUCGGAGGAGCAGACACAGACUCAAGAACGCGGCGGAAAAUGGCUUUAUAUGUGUCAUUGUUACGUUCGUGUAAUUUCGCUUGUGCCACCACAUUGUACAAUGCUAUGGUCAGUUUAGAACAGAGCGGCCUGUUGAAAGGCUUGUAUGGUGAUUUGCUAGAAGAAAUUCUUCUAUUGUACACAAUGGCGUUACAUCAUCCAGCCUUUACGUUUGACCAGAAGUCCCAUUUCGGUGAUAUACUAGAAAAGUUAAAAAUGGAAGAUCAGAGGAUACAGUAUCAGGAGCAGCAAGAGCACAUAAGCGUGGCUCCAGUGAGCUCAUGUCACACUCAGCCAAGCAUCACCCCCAAUAUGUCAGUUCCACCGCCCAAUUUAACUGGAUUGGGUCCGCCGCCUGGCUUAGUGUUUGUAAAGGCACCAGUGGUACAGCCUCCAAGCUCAGAUGCAGUGCCAGAUCUAAGUAACCCUUCAGUACUCACUACUGCGGGGGGCAUGGUGCCUAUCCUCAGUGAAGUGCCUCACCCUCCGCCCGGGAUCCCAAUACCUCAGUACAACGUGGGGGAAUACUUGCAUGGUCAACAUGCAUGGCCUGCCAACAUUAUCGUAUCACAACUCAACCAGCCACUAGAGGUAUUAAAUUACCAGGCAGCUGGGCCGGUGGCAGCUCCAGCGUCGCCGCUGGUGUCUUCGCCGGGCGACAGUCGCGCCGCGUCGCCGCGCGCCCGGCGGCGACUGUCGCGCGACCGCUCGCCGCCCCUCGCGCCGCUGCCGCCGCCCGAUCAAUCGAUGCCCCAUUUAGCUGCCAACUUUGAUAACCUUGCAGUUGCUGAGAUGCGGCACAACAUCGGGGAGGAGCGGCUGCGCGAGAUCGCCGCCGUGCACCAACAGUACCGCUCGCUGGAGAAGCUGAACGGCGUGCGGCGGCGCGCCGCCUACUGCGCGCCGCGCUCGUCGUCCGACAGCGGCUCCAGCGCCGCGUCGUCGCCGCCCGGCACGCCCGCGCCGCCGCGCCGCGCCGCGCCCGCCGCGCCACCCGGCCUGGCGCCGCCCGGGCCCUACCUGCAGUACCCGCGCCCCUACCCCUACCCCACGCCGCCGCCCGCCUACCGGCCGCCGCCGCCCUUCGCCAACGGCGAACCGCCGCCCUACCCCGCGCCCGCGCCCUACCCGCCCUACGUGCCCGUGCUGUACGCGCCGCCCAAGCUGUCGUGCUGGAAUUGCGGCGGCGCGGGCCACGCGGGCCACGAGUGCAAGGAGCCCAGCAUGGAGGAGAUGACGCGCGCGGGCGGCUACCAGCUGGACUUCGCGCCCGACGCGCCGCCGCACGACAAGUAGCGCCCGGCGAGCGCGCGAGGUGAGCGCUGGCACUGAUUGCACUUUCGAUUUGACGGAACUUGCAUGUGCGGCCCGACCGUCUCGGGCGCCGGUUGGAAUAUUCAUCGAAUCUGCUAAAUCGGUAACUUAUUUUUUUUUAGUCUUAGAUAUAAAGAUGUAAAUGUAGUAAAUGUAUAAAUUACAAGUACAAAAAAAUUGUAUAGUGUGAUGCAUCAUUUGAUUUGUACAAAUAAUUUUAUUUAUACUUAAUGUUGUUAAUUCGUGAGAUGUUGAAUUGAAAGUGUGGUUAUUUACUAACAGAUCUUCAUCAACAUUAGCUACUAUAUUAGAAUCGAGGGAAUUCCAUAAUAAAUGUCCAGCUAUAGAUAAGUAAUAAUCCGACAUUCUAAUAGAUAAAUGAAUUAUGUAAUAAAAUAAUAAUUAUUAUUACAUCAGAAAAAGUUAAUUUUUAUUUAAGUAAUACUUUUUUAAAUAAGGAAAAUGAAAUAAAUUUGAAAUAGGUUAAAAAUAUAAUAAUCUCGUUUCGAUUUUCGUUAGCAUACGUAUAAAAAUUUAUGAAAUUAAUGUUUGUAUAAUCAUUCGCACAUUAACUAUGCGUUCGCGAAUCGUUCAUCCGAUUAAAUUGAAAUUUUCUACAGUUAUUGUUGACACUUGCGUGAAGGUUUCUGACAAAGUAUUGUUAACGUACAAGGUGGCGCGGGAAUCGCAUUGUAAGCUGUGACAUAUGCCAGUCAUUACCAAAAAAACAGCAUUUAUAUUGCUAACAGCUAAAACUAACAAUCAAUGAUCCAUCUGUAACUUGUCGAUAAGUUACUUAGCAAUAUUAUACUUUUUCAUAAAUUGUAUGGUCUUAUAACAAAACUAGCUUAUGUCCGCGACUUCGUCCGCGCGGACUGCAUAAAUUUCGAACCCCUAUUUUUACCCCCUUUAGCGGGUGAAUUUUCAAAAUUUAUUUCUUAGCGGAUGUCUAUGUCAUAUUAGCUAUCUGCAUGGCAAAUUUCAGCUUGAUCCGUCCAAUAGUUUGAGCUGAGCGUUGAUAGAUCAUUCAGUCAGUCAGCUUUUCCCUUUAUAUUUUUAGAUAAUAAGUAACUUUGACAGAUAACAGAUAUCUAUCUACAGAUAGAACUACGGCCGUAAGCCUACUUGGUUUACGUUACAUCACAAUCAUAAAAAGUUAUCAAUUAUAGAUUUUGUUGCAAUAAAAUCUGUAUUUCACAUAUUUUUUAUUAUAUUUAAUAAUACGGAAGUCUUUACAUACAUUUUUCUUUUGGUUUACUGUGAGAUGAUUUUUCAGUAGCCAAGGUAACAGAUUGCCAAUACAAAAACUAUGUAAAUGUUAUAUUUACUUAUUUUUUUAGACUAAUACUCCUCUUUCCCCUCCAAUUAAGCGUAAAGCUUGUGCCAGGAGUGGGUACGACAAUAGUGCAACGGGUGGCAUUUGAACCGCCCACCUUUCGUAAUUCAGUCCGCUCCUCAACCGUUGAGCCAUCGCGGCUCUCAAACAUGACAUGACAGUAGACCCAUAGAGUUAAAAUGGCGCGUGAGAAGUCAUUUUGUUAAUAUUAUGAGUCAGGUUUUAGUUUCGAACUUCAUCUUUCAUAUUAUUGAAAGUUAUUUUUAAAUACAAGUUGACUUGCCCUAGCUUUGCAGGGCUUACCUAUUGUAAUGUAUACUAAAUGUGUUUUAAAAUAAUGAAAAUUCCUCAUAAAAUGUUUUUAAAUGAUGAUGAAAACAGCAUUGGAAUCCACUAGGAAUAAUUUAUAAACAAAUAUACGUACAAAUAUGUUUUCGGCUUCAUUUUAUACUAGGUAUUUAGAGAUAUAAGUUUUCGUGACUGUUAAUCUGUAGGAAACUUGCCUUUUUCAAAAAAAGCCAGAUAAUAUACAAAUUAAUAUCUAUAGUUCAUUAAAUGUAUAUAAUAAGUAUCUCCAUAUUCUUGUUUAUAAUAUUAAACGCUACCUAAUAUAUUAUGCCCUUUAGUCUUUAUCUUAAAAUAAUUUUAAAUAUUUGACUAUAACUAAUUAAUAUAUAUCCAAUAAUCCAAUCCAAUAAAGCCCAAUAAUCCAGCUGCAUAAUUGUUGUCCCAUGCAUGCUUGAAAAGAAACUUGCAUGCAUCACGCAUGGUUUUACACGCGUGUUAUAUAAACCCUGGAAUUAUGGUAUUCCCUGGGAUUCUAUAGCCUGUGUCACUUUUGUUACAUCAGUGUAAGUUGGCCCCAGGUAAAAAUAGCUCACCUGUACUUGCGCAGUGCGCGUUUUGUCGAUCUAUUUGACAGGACCAAUUCCACGUUCGACAGCGGAAGUGUCUGCAUGAGUAGUUUGUCGGUUAGGGUGGUUUCAGACUAUAUUUCUUUACGCUCGUUUUGGCAAACGAGCUUACACACGCUACAUUUCGCUACAAUAAACCGAACAUGUGUGCAUGUGCUCGUUCUAGAAUAUAUCGCUCGAACUAGUGGAUUAGUCAGUAUCUUUAUGGACGUCUUUCACGACUUGCCUGUAGGCUGUACCCGAGCUCUUUAUAUUAUGAGCUAAGUUCGUACGACAUACGCAUGUGACAAAAGGGGCGCGUUUACUGCGUGUUACUGAAAACUUUUCGUUUUCUGCGCGUAGAUACGUAACAGUAUCAAUUUUUAGACAUUUCUCCACUGUCGUCCAGUGGGGUGAUUUGCUAACUCAGUGUUCAACACUGAAUGAAAGCGACCAAGCUCAUUUGAUAUUUAUUUUUAAUCCUUUGAAGGUUUUCUUCAAAAAAUGUUUUGAUAUCACCCAGUGAAGCAGAAAUGUAGAAUUAAUGUCAAAUGAGCUUGGUGGCUAUCAUUCAGAGUUAAACACUCAGCGAAUCACCCCGUUGAUCUCUUUUUACCUGAAACCAACUAAACAGUUAGUAACAUAAGCACUGAGCUAUUUUAUAGUUCAAUAAUUAAACUCUUAAGCCCACUUGCACAAAGACAGUUAAACUGAUUUGGUAAAAUUUUGUAAUGCUGUCACUUAUUGGCUAGAGCAUAAAAUAUGGUGGCCAAAAGUAAUAGCAUUAAAAAAAAUUAACAAGAUCAGUCUAAAUGUCUUGUGCAAGUGAGCCUUAAUUUGGCUAAAUGUUGAUGAAUUUAAAUAAAAGUUUCCUUUGAUCCAAGACUGAUUUCUAAAAGUAGCCAGUGAUUUCCAAGAUUUUAAAAAAUUAUCUAGAUGCAUCAUGAGUGAGAAAACUUGUAAGUCCAUACUGGAAAUUCUUACAAACGAAUGCUGUUCAGACAAAAUAUUAUUCUAUAGAUGGUACUAUCAUCGUAAUUGUAUAGCUGCAUACUUACGUGUGUAUUUUAAACUAAAACUAUAUUAAAUAUCUGAACAAGGGGUUACUUUAAUUAAGUUCAACAAAAGGCAAUGCUCUUAAAUUAAUAAAAAUAGUGUUAUAAAAAGUCAUUGUACAUAAUAUUACAAUUGCGUAAGAGUGUUGACAUUUCGCCCGACUUGUGUGAUCAUAUUCUGUAAAUAUUCUCGUUUAUUAUAUUAUAAUAUUAUAAUUAGCCGAUAUGUUUAGACAUUGAUUAUAUUUGUAAAUUUAUUUGUAAUAAUAUUUGAGUGAAUAGUUGUAUUCGAUUGUUUCUAUUAUUAUUAUUAUUAUCACUGUCACAAAAUCACAAUUUUGCAUUUUUUUAAAGUCCCAGUUUUUGAGAGGAGUUCAAAUUAGAUGGGUUGUAUAAUUGUUUUUUUGCAUAAUUAUAUUUUUUUAAUCAAACCAAAUGAGUCACGCGCAUAGGUGGGUGCGGUCUUGCAGCCGACUUAUUCGAAAACGCUAAUGUUUAUUACAAGGUGAUCAGCACCUUGGUAUACCGAUUGGUUAUACGACCUAGUGUUAGGUAUGUAUUGCAUUAAUUAAUCACCCGUUUUAGUUUUAUCAUCUGGUAGCGAUACUAUUGCUACCUCGACUCAAAUGUAUAUCCGUUAUUCGCUAUAAAAUAGAAUUCAUAAAACAUGUACAUAGUAGUAUGAUUUUAUAAAUUGAUAAUAAUUAUUAGUGAUAGUAUUUGAGAAUUAAAUCGAAAAUCAUUUUUCACCCUUAAAAGUGAUUUUACCAGUUUUAAGCUGAACUGUAAGGGUUUGUUACUGUAAAUAAAUAAUCCAGUCAAAAUACCUUCUUAUUAAAUUUAAAAUUUGAUUUAAAGAUAUAAAAUUAAAGUGUCGGUGUUUUGUAUUAAACCGUCCUAACUCGCCACAAAACGAAUAGCGCGCGCAAUUGACAAAAAAUGCCGACAGAUAGGCGGCAGAUUUUUUUGAAUGAAUAAAAUCAGUACAUAUUCGUACUGAAUUGAAUAAACUCAAAAAAUUUAGCAGGUAUUUUGGCAGGACUUUAUAUCACUCCUUAUGAAGGUUGUAUGUCCACCUAACGUAAUUAUUGAGUUAUUUAUAUCUUAACAAUUUUAUUAUGAUAUUUAAAACAAGUUUUAAAGUAUAGAUUAAACAUAGUGAAAGUAAUUUAACGUUUGUAUCUUUGAAACCAUACCUACGUAGGUUCAGUGGAGUGUGCCACUAGAGUUAGACAUCUUUUGAAAUAACUUUU